AUGUACAAGACAGCGCCCGCCCUGCCGCAGCCCCGCCCCCGCCGCCGGCUCCAGCCCAGCCCAGCUCCGCUCCGUUGCGUCCCGGACCCAACGCCUGCACGCCCUGCGCUGCUGCUGCUCCAGCUCGCUGACGGGCGCCAGCUCUCGCUUCCCUGGCACGCACUACAACGCCCCGGAAUCGUUCCAGCGUCCCCGCGCACCCCCCGCGCUGUGCUUGCCGCUCCCCGGCACCCUCGGGGGACCCGCCCGCUCUGCACCCUGGAGCACCGGGCCGCGAGCGUCUGCCGACUUCUCUGGAUCCUCGCGGCCGUGGGCGGCGUCUGCAACGCUUGUCCGUCCGUGGGAGAUGUGCAGCACAUGACGGGGCGGGACAUCGUGUUGAAACGAGAACUGGGCGAGGGAGCCUUUGGGAAGGUCUUCCUAGCAGAGCGCUACAAACUCAGCCCUACCAAGGACAAGAUGCUCGUGGCCGUGAAGGCCCUGAAGGAUCCCACCCUGGCUGCCCGGAAGGACUUCCAGAGGGAGGCUGAGCUGCUCACCAACCUGCAGCACGAGCACAUCGUCAAGUUCUAUGGCGUGUGUGGCGACGGGGACCCCCUCAUCAUGGUGUUUGAGUACAUGAAGCACGGGGACCUGCACAAGUUCCUCAGGGCCCAUGGACCAGAAGCUAUGAUCCUCAUGGACGGGCAGCCAUGCCAGGAGAAAGGCGAACUGGGGCUCUCCCAGAUGCUCCACAUCACCAGUCAGAUUGCGUCGGAGCACUUCGUGCACCGGGACCUGGCCACCAGGAACUGCUUGGUCGGAGCCUAUCUGCUGGUGAAGAUCAGAGACUUCAGCAUGUCCAGAGAGGUCUACAGCACUGAUUACUACAGGAGUCGUGUGAGGCUGGACAUUCUGAACUUCUGGGAGAGAAGCGGGUUUCUGUGUGUUCUCUGGAAUCCACCAGCUGCCUCCUUUCUGUGCAAUAGAUGCCCGAGAGCCUUCCAGAGCUCCGCUGAGUUUCUCUCUAACCCGGAGGUGUGGGUUCCUCUGACUGCAGGGGGCUGCCAUCGCUCUGCGGAAAUGAGCUGGACAUUCCUUGUGCAGGAGAGGCAGGCUCAGAAGAGAAAGGUGGCUGUGGAGAGGUGGGGAGGUGAGAGAUUCCCACCCCUCCACAGGAACACUCUGCCCCCAGUGGGAAAUGGAGCCUGCAGCCCCCCUGCUUCCCACACCUUUUGUCCCAAUUUCUCCAGGUGCCCUGGGCACAGGCUGAAGGCUUGACUGAGACAGUGAGUUGUGUGGAUUUUAGGUAGGCAGGGGCUAGAGAGGAGGCUGUUGCUUGCUUCCCUCCUCUCACGGGCUCUCCCCUCCCCCUGCUGCCACUGAGGAGGGGUGGGAGAGAGCGUUGGGGAAAGAGAGAAACUCGCCAGAGAGGUAAUAAGCCCGAAGUGCACCACGAGGUGUUUAGUCUCUAGACCUGUGGUUCUCAAACUUUCAUGUCCCUAAAAUAAUUUUGAAAACCUAUGUACACCCCUUGCA